AUGCACGCAUGCACAAUGUUGGUCGUUGACAGCAUGAGGUUGCAUGUCUCUGCCCGACCAUACGUUGUGCCGUCCGUUGACGUUUUGCUAGGUACCCUUCCGGUGCCAUUAGUCUGUCUUCUGGACACCCUUGCACGGGUUAGAGAUUUGGGCCUUGCCCAUAACCCGUGGGAGUACCCUCCCGAGGCAAUCGCGGCGGGUGGUAUUCCGGCGGUGAGAAGGUACUUCGAAGCCAUCUACAUGGGCGGCACUACCGCUGUGACCCGACCUAUCAAGGUCGUCAUCGUUGGGGAGGAGACUGUUGGAAAGACCAGUAUCAAGACCGGGAGGCCGUGCAUGACAAGAGGGUGUGGUGUGGAGAGCACUGUCCACGUGGAUGUCGAAGACCACGAGGUCGAUGGUCACCCGAUUCGAGUGUUUGAUUGUGCCGGUCAGGUUGUCUACUACGGACUGCUCCAGCUGUUUCUCACCCCUCGUGCUGUGUACAUGUUGGUAUGGGAUGCGGCGAAAGCCAGCGAGAUGGAAGGCUUGAAUCUUGAAGACCUUGGGAUUGCUCCAUGGCUACGAUACUUGACGUUCCGCGUGCCGGACGCAAGUGUGAUACUUGUGGGAAACAAGUGCGACCACGUGGUAAGAACCAGGCGUACCGUAGUGGCGGCUGACGUGGAACAUGAGAGCCGCCAAUGGCUGGAGUCCUUGAUAGAGAUUGCGCGCGGACAUCAACCCCGCGGAAUUUCGUUGGAAGACGGCGUCAGUCUUGUGAGCUGUGCAGCAUCUGGCGUAGGCGUCGUGGCACCAUCAUUCGGUGCGGGUUCAGGCUGGCCCUUCGACAAGAAUACGCCGGGGCUUUACCGUCGCAUCGCAUACAACUCUGCCAGUAGGACGAGGGCUGUUACCAUGCAUCUUCCCGAGAGCUAUCGACUCGCCCUUAAGAUGCUUGAGGAGCUGGCGUCAUGCAGUAGGAGCAAGACUGAGCAACACAUCCGCGGCGUCACAAGAGCGAUUUUGGAGGACAAGUGGCAAACCAAGGUGGCUGAGAUGAACAGAGUCGGAACGUCGGUAUCGGCCCCGGACGCGGCCAUGGCUGGUGCAAUCUUGAUCAGGAAGUGGGAAGGGGGACUGGUGGAAUACAGCAGCUACGUCUUCCUCGACGUCGAAUGGUUCGCCACAGUUCUGGAUCCUUUGUUUUGUCACAAGCGAGAUUCAUACGGGAAAAUCUACCUUGGUGGCAUGAGGGUGACGGACGUUGACGGCUUGGACCGGCUGGACGAAGACCAUGUUUUAGAGCCGCAACUCGCUGAAGAGGACUGGCGUUUCCCCUCCCUGCCGAACGACUCCAAUGGGGGCUUGGUGAUUCUUUUGCGCAUGGACACGAAGCCCUCACCUGAUUACGGCAUCAAGCUCAAGGAAGCAGACCAAGCUAACAAGUUCGACCUGAGGCUUGUUGUUGAGUGCUCUUUCAGUCUAGGGUUGCCUCCCGGCUUUGUCGAGCGUCUCCUGGCGCGGUGCUGCCACUUGGGCCUCCCAUACCCGUUCUGGAGAUAUGGAGCUCUAAUAGUGGGGAAAGGCGCGGAAGUAAGGAUGUUUUCACUGAGUUUAGAGUACUCUGAGGAGCGUAAGAUCCUGACGGUCGAGGUGUCCGGGGGGCGUACGGAGGUCUUCGCGUGGGCGGCUCUGUCAAAAGUCCUCUCCGUCACGAUCAAGAUGCUCUCGGAGUUCCCUGGUUUACCUUGCGGGACAACGUUUUUCUGCCCACUCCACAAGACCAAGCGCAUGAAGAUUAGAACAAAAGAUGUGAGCGCCCGAGCUUGUCGCUCAAAAUAUGUUUUUUUCGUUCUGCGGUCCCAGAAGUUCUACCUCAACAAAGACCGUGCGGCUGGCAUAGACCUUCUGGCCGUUGCUCUCCAGGUUGUGGAAUUCUCAGACGAGGAGUUUUUCGAUGAAAGUCUCCGUGAGCAGUUCGCCGAGAAAAUGGCUCUUCGGGGUUGUGCGUCAUGGCUUGGAAGCAUCUCCGAGGGUUCGCGAACGCCAUGGUAUCAGGACGUGAAGACGUUCGUAGGCGCCGCCAGUGUGGCAUGCCUCACUGUCUUUGGGGUGUUCCAUGACGAGGAAGAUGACGACCCUCUUCUAUGGGGGGUGUUUCUGGGCCUUGGCAUGUUGCUAGCUGGAGUAGAGUUUGGUUUAAUUGCCAGAGAGUACAAGCUUUUGUGCUUCACACCAAGGGCCGAGGCGGCGAGCGCUGGAAAUGAAGGGCGGGGUGAGACCCGUGUAUAG